AUGACUUACGCUCACGCAAACCACCCAUGCUGGGAAUCCUUCCACGAACCUGAAUCCUUCUCCCGCCGCACUGCGGUACAGCAGGACGAAAAAAUUCGACGCAUCAGAGAAUCUGUGAAAAAUUGGGAAGAGAAGUACGAGAAGCGGUUGUCCGAAUUGGAGUCUUCUAUGCUCCGAUUUGCGGAGCGAUGUCAAAGCAACAAGGCAGAAUUGAAUGAUCAGAUCAACCGCGUAGAGGAAAUGUCUGAGGCAAACAUGGCUAUAAGGCAAAGAAUUGAGAAGAAGCUUGUAGUCCACGGACCCACAUUACAAUCCGAGAGCCUCACAAUGACUCUGAAUCUUGUUCGUGGAAUUCUCUACUACACAGCUCAGAUACGCGAUGCCUUGUGGUAUCCAAGAACGCCUGCCAGGUCUAAAAAUGUCGCCGCCACGUCUUCUGCUUCAGAAGAAUCGCUCGCCGAUGAUGACAGAGAAAGUGAUGAUUACAAGGAGAAAGCUUCUAAUUAA